AUGAAUCGCGGGUCACCGUCACCAAUCUUUGACGUUCCCGAAUUUCCUGCCCUUCGUCGGGUAAAACCUCUCCCAAAGAGACGUCGGACAACAGUCAGCGCGGACAAUGAGAACGGACUGUCGAUGUCAUCCACACCAUCAGGAAUACCCAUUCCCGACCUGCCGUUCUUUGAGCACAUCGCACAACAGGUCGUUCAAAGGCAUUUAGCUAUGGCCAAUGGGGCCACUUCCGUAGAGGAUCUUGUGGUUGAAAGCGACGAACUCAUGGGGAGUCUGUCGCUGCAGGACUAUUACCUGCCUCCCAUGGCUGGUUCGCAAAGAUUUAUGGGUGUUGGUGAAACGGACGUCGAUGGCGAAAACAGAAACGCCAGUAACGCGGCGGCGGCGGCGGCUGCCGCUGCGAUAUCUGCCGUCACUGCUGCUGGAAGAAAUGGACAAAUUCCCCUUCCUAUGUCCGACCUCGACUCACUGGAGUUCGGCGUGCACUUUGCGGCUGCGGCUGCAGCUGCCGCCGCCGCUGGUGUAGCGAUGGGUAGUUUGGGAUCGCUCGGUUUGGGACUGGCCGGAAUGAGUCUAGGCAGCGACGGUGCGGAUGUGAAUGGUCCGAAUGCAGAUGCAGGCUCGAAUUUGGGGAGGAACCCGGGUGGGCGUAGUCGAGAUGAAGAUGAUGGGAGAGGAGACGGAGAUUAUAUGGAUCACUUGCGUCAACCUGGAAAUACCAAGAAACGCAAGGUGCCCGCCAACAUGUCUCCUGGAGGGCCGGAAGGCACGAUACGACCUGGAAGCCCCUCGUCAGGAUAUUUGGAGGAAGAUGGCGGCUCAUUAGAAGGAGGACCUGUUCACAGUUUUGAGGAUGAUGAUGCUCAACUGCAGUUCCAACGCGAACGAGACAGAGAACGAGAACGAGAACGAGAAAGAUCACACUCCCCGAACUUCAGCAAUCCAGCUCACCCUUACCCUCCUGCACCGUUCCCUGGACAGCUCGCCAUGGUUGCUCGCAAAAGGGGUAAAUUGAUGGCCGUUACUCUCGCUGGACUACAACAUAAAGAAUUGCUGAAAAGUCGGAAGAGGCAACUAGCUGCUGUCAUGGGUGCUCUCUCGCAUGGCGAUACCUUAGCAUUGGAUCAAGCUCUGACCAGCGCUAGUUAUGGGUACCGUGCCUACGGGGCCGGUGGUUUGAGCAAGACAAAUUCCAGUCCAGAUUCUUCGGAUGACCCGCAUGCACAGGCUCGAGCACAGGGAUUAUCAGUUCGCAAGUCGAAGAGGAGGACUGUUCGCCUGGCGCGUGCGAUGAAGAUCAUGCUCGCCAUGCCGCAGAGGAGAAUACGACAUCCGGAUGCCGUACCUUUUCCUGAAUGUGAAUUCGAGUUUUCCUGUCCUAGCGGUACUGCCGACCGAUUGAUUGCAACAAAGGAAGAAGUGGCGAGUCUUCGAAAGCGGUUCGAGGCGGAGCUGGAGAAGCAAGCUGCGAAAGCUGCAAAGAUGGCUGUUGCCGCUGCCGCAACGGCGCACGGUGGGUCAGGCGGCACUGGAGGAGGAGCUGGUGGUGAUGGUACUGGGAAAUCAGCCAAGGCUACAGGUGGCAAAGGGAAACGAGAAAGGCAAGAGAGAGACCGAGAAAGGGCGGAGAGGGCUCAGGCCCAGAUGCAAGCUCAGGCGGCGAAGACGAAGGACCAGCAGCAGAACGUUGCGGCAGCUUCUGUCACUACCGUCACGCCUACUGCGAACACCACUGCGCCUUCUUCUAAUGCUGGCGAUCAUGGUGUGGCUAGUGGUGGGACUGCGGCGAGCGGAGGAGGGAAGCCAAAGGGCAAGAAAAAGAAACGGUCUACUCUGGCUAAUGCGUCGAAUCCACAUCACUUGAAGAAUUAUGUCCCUUCAAGGCUGCCGCAUAGUGGAGAUGGGCAUCAUGGCGCAGCAGGAGCUUAUCUGGGCGUUUCACCGCUGCCUAUAAAGUUUUUGACUGCUCAGAUCCCGCCGCGGAGGAAGAGGGGACAGGGGAAGAGGGAUAAAGAAAACACAGUUGAUGGCAAUACGCCUCCUCGUGGAACUCCAACUGCACAAGCAAAUCAUGGAGGUUCGCUAAUACCGCUGAAGAACCCCGCAGAGGAAUGGAUCUGCGCUUUUUGCGAGUAUGAUCUCUUCUAUGGGAGCGAGGCUGCCUUUAGGAAGGCCGUGAGGAAUCGGAAGAAGAUUUUGAAGAGGCGGCGCCGAGCGAGGGAACGAGCUGCGAAAGCUGCCAGUGGUAAACUUGGCGCCACUGCUCAUCAUCCGCCGGCCCCUCCCCCUUCUGAGGAAGGAGAAGGAGAUGAUGAAGAUCUAUACGAAGAAGAAGAAGAGGUGGCGGACGUCCACGCGAACGGAGAUGGCCAAGGGUUGAAAGCCGGCAGGUGGAAAGGAGGGCGUGGGCCAGAUGGGUAA